CCUGGCCAUUGCCUAUCUCUGUCAAUCCCCCCAAUACCCUUUCCCACUUCCUCUCGUCAUAUACCGCCAUCAUGUCGCUCGAAGCUACGAUGAUCAUUGUCGACAACAGCGAAAGCAGUCGCAAUGGAGACUACACAUCAACCCGGUGGCAAGCUCAAGUUGAUGCUGUCAGCAUCAUCCACAGCGUCAAGAUGCGCGCACACCCUCAGUCGGCCGUCGGUCUGAUGAGCAUGGGCGGCAAGGGUCCGGAAGUGCUAUCCACCUUCACCACGGAUUUCGGUAGCAUUCUGGCUGGUCUACACAACACGAAGAUUCAUGGAACGUCGCACCUGAGCUCUAGUAUUCAAGUCGCCGGUUUGGCCCUCAAGCACCGAUCCGAAAAGUCCCAACGGCAACGAAUCAUCGUGUUCUCGUGCUCCCCGAUCGCUGAGGAUGAGAAGACCCUGGUCAAGCUGGCCAAGAAGAUGAAGAAGAACAACGUCUCGAUCGAUGUGGUGGCAUUCGGUGACCUGGAGUCCGACCAAACCAAGAAGCUGGAGGCCUUUGUGGAUAAUGUGACGAGCGGUGAUAACUCUUACCUCGCCAUCAUCCCACCAGGACCUCAUCUCCUGAGCGAGGAGCUCCAAGCAACCCCCAUCCUGGCUGGCGAGAAUGCUACCACCGGUGGUGCGGCCGCGAGCGGUGGUGGUGACGAGGCGGGUGGAUUCAACUUUGAGGAUGCCGCUGAGAAUGACCCCGAGCUGGCGUUUGCUCUGCGACUAUCCUUGGAGGAAGAGAAGAACCGACAAGAAAAGGAGAAGCGUGAUCGGGAGGCGGCUGAGGGCAAGACGGAGCUGGAUAAUAUUCCCGAAGAGGGCCAGGGCGAGUCGAGCGGUAACAAGGACAAGAAGGAUGAGGACAAGAUGGAUACUGCGUAGAUUCCCGUCUUCUCUUGGAAGUGAUCUAUGAUGCAUACCCGGCGUUUUAAUUGUGCUUUAUCCAGUUCCAGUUCUCUGUAUACUCACGAGCCGACCUCUGCUUCUGCUUGCCAUGUUUCCUAUAAGUAGACAGGCACCUUCUAGUGGGGGUUGAAUGGAAAUGUUGAUCUAGUUGAUGUCGAUUGGUAUUAUGCACAAGCUGGUGACUCCAUCUCCCAGUCUUUGGAUGGAGUAGGGUUAAAAAGAAACGAGAAAGAAGAGAAAAAGAAGAAAAAGUGUCUAGUUCGUAAAGUCAUCACACAAUCCAAUCCAGCGCCCUUGAGGCUUAUCACGACAGUACUGUAACGAAGUCCCACGCCGGACAGCUCAUGUCCUCCCUCGCAACCAAGCACCCAAGUGCCGAUCAAACGCCUCACAGCGCACGGGCAUCUCCAGCUGGUAGAAAGGGUUCUUCAUCACGUAGUCAGCGUACAGCUCGUAAAUCUUGUUCAUGAUGGUGUCCACAUUGCCAGUCAUUGGGUCCGUGAAGAGCAAGAACUUGGUUCCCGUCAGGGUCUGGAAGCAAGUCAAACGGAACUUCUCAGUCUCGAGAUGUUCCAGGCCCGAUGCAGGGACGCCCGGGUUGGGAUAGGUGAAGCCCACGGGUGCAUUGCCGCCAGGCGAUGUGAGGGCGGGGGAGGUCUGGGCGAGAGGGAGCUUGGGGGUUAUAGAGCGAGUGAUGGCGUG